AUGUCCAAAACACUCACCCCCUCAGACGUCUCAGCGCACUCCUCGCCCGACAAAGGCGGCAUGUGGAUCAUCGUGGACGACUCAGUCUACGACGUGACCAACUUCGUCGACGAGCACCCGGGAGGCGCGAAGAUCUUGAAACGCGUGGCGGGCAAGGACGCGACCAAGCAGUUCUGGAAGUACCAUAAUGAGAGCGUGCUCAAGAAGUAUAGCCCCAAGUUGAAGAUUGGGGUUGUGGGCGAGAAGGCGAAGUUGUGA